UUUUUUCUUAUUCUGAAUUUUCUUUCCCUGUUCUUUCGGAAGUUUUUUUUCCUUCUUCUCACAAGCGAGACUUUUUUUCCCCCUUUCUUUUCUGUUGUUGUGUAGUGUUAUAUAAUACAUGAUUGUAUGCUUAUGGAAUUAGAAGUAACAACAGUUUUUGUGCAUACAGUCUGUUAGUUCAAAUUUAUGUCAUGAUGUCUUUUGUGGAGCUUAAAUAUGACUCGUGUAUCCAAUAUGAGUAUAUUAUUUUUGGUGUAUCCUAGCAUGUGAUGUGAGCUUGAGAUCUUGUAGGAUUGCUUUAUUGUAUAGUUGCUUAACUACUCUUAUUUGUUUAAUUUGAAUUUAUUUAAUUUGUGAUUGCAGAUGUGGUACAAGUUACUAAACACAAUCUAAUGUGUUAGGUGGUAAUUAUCUCACGUAAAAAUAAAAACAUUUCUUUGGUUAGCAAAUGAUAGACAAAAUACAUUAAAUUUCUUGUACUUCUUAACAAUUAUGAAAUGUCUAUAACAUGUGGUGCUUCGAUGAAGCCCGUGCCCCGCCUCACACCUCUCGCCUCUUUCUUAGGCCCCAAGAGACCUUGGCGUGUUGGUGUGCCUAUUGUCUUAAAUAACACCAUCUCCUAUGGGGACUUCCCCCCCUCCUUAAACUCUUCUAUAGGGUCCUCACUCCUCUAUGCCCGCCCUCGGUUCUGCUUUGUGCAACUCUGAUUCUCACUCUUUAACAUGUAUGUCUAGUAGUCAUAAAAGAAGGAACUAAAAAUUGUAGGCUUUCAAAAUGAUUUUGUUGAACUGUACUGCUAUUAGAGAUGUUUGAAAGAUUUUAAUGAUUGACUUGACUCUUUACUAGAUUCAAAUGCAUCUUCAUUCCUAAGGUCAAACUUUCGUUUUUUCCGUUAUUAAUUUCAUUUAGUGAUUAUUUAAGUGCAUACUUAUGUUGAUUAUUCAUAUUAUUUAGCGCAGUGCAACUGAAUUUUGUGGCCUUCAAUUACAUUCAAUUGUUGUUUAAUGUCAUUUAUCUUUCAAAAUUAUGCGAGUAAUUGGAGCCUUGGAAGUACAAAGAUGAACCACUUUUGCUAAAUCUAGACCUAUGUUACCUGGGACGUGGAUUUUUCCGGUACGUGGAACGGGAUCAGGAACGUGUUUGAUAAUGGAGCUGAAUACCAUCAAAGAUGCAUUUGAUCGUGUCACAAAGAAGCAAAAGCUGUCCUCUUCUAAAUCGCAAGAAGUAAUCGAACAGCUCAGCCAAGAAAUAGAAGAGGCAUUAUUAAAACUACAAUCUAUCCCUGAUACAACAUUCCAAGCCAAUCAUAAAUUGAUACUCACUGAACUGAAAACCAAGUUGAAUGAGAUUGCUCCACUUGGUCAGCUGGAAGGCACACAGAAGGAACUCAAUGUAGCACUGAGCAAGUACCCAAAGCUCCUUGAAAAGUCUUUCAAUCCUGACAUAUCAAAAGCUUAUAGAAAUGUUGACUUCGAUGCUCACACAGUUAACCAGAUAAUUGCCAACCAUUUUUACCGGGAGGGUCUGUUUGAUCUUGGCGACUGCUUUAUAAAUGAGGCCAAGGAAACAGAAGCCACAGCAAUGAGAACGCCUUUCCUGGAAAUGUAUCAGAUACUUGAUGCCAUGAGGGCUCGGAAUCUAGAGCCAGCGCUGAACUGGGCUGCCACCAACCGUGACAAAUUAGAACAAAAUGGAUCAGACCUAGAGCUGAGACUUCACCGCUUGCAGUUUGUGGAAAUGCUACAGAUGAGAGGAAGAGAUGAAGCUCUCAACUAUGCCAGAACUUUCCUAGCCCCAUUCGCUUCCAACCAUAUGACCGAAGUCCAGAAGCUCAUGGCAUGUCUAUUGUGGGCUGGUAGGCUCGAUAGCUCACCCUAUUCUGAAUUGCUAUCCCCAUCCCAUUGGGACAAACUUGCCGAGGAGCUAACCCGACAAUUCUGUAACAUUUUGGGACAGUCUUGCGAGAGCCCACUGAGUGUGACGAUUGCAGCAGGAGUCCAAGGGUUGCCGACCCUUCUGAAGCUGAUGAAUGUGAUGACGGGGAAGAAACAGGAAUGGCAGUCCAUGAAGCAGUUACCCGUGCCGGUGGAUUUGGAUAGGGAGUUUCAGUUCCAUUCCAUCUUUGUAUGCCCAGUGAGUCGAGAGCAAGCAAGCGAAGAGAACCCUCCAAUGUUGUUGUCGUGUGGGCAUGUGCUCUGUAAGCAGUCGAUCACAAAGCUGUCGAAGAAUAACAGCACAAGGCCUUUCAAGUGUCCGUACUGUCCGUCGGAGGUGGAAGUAGCGCAGUGCAGGCAGUUGUAUUUCUAAUGUGUACUUGUUUUGUCACAUUAAAAUGUACUGAAACAUCAUGUGUGGUGGAGACGAAGUAUUGUGGUGAUGGUGGUGUCAUUGUGGCAAAAGCUGGUCUGUUGUUGUUGUGUACUGUUGUUAAUUGAAAUUCAGUGUAUAUAGAAAUUCUUUGCACAUUAAUGUGAUGAGUGAAAAAAAAACAAAUGAUGUCACCCAAAAAAAGGAAGAAAAAAAACA